AUGGGAGACAAUGCAACAUACUAUCACAUCUCAUCUUUCUUCCUGGUUGGUAUUCCCAGUUUGGAAUAUUUUCACUGCUGGAUUGGCAUCCCUGUCUGCCUCCUGUUUGUUCUGAGCUUGCUGGGGAACACCAUAAUCACUGUCACUGUCAAGCUAGAGCCAAGUCUUCACCAGCCUAUGUAUUUCUUCCUCUGCAUGUUGGCAAUGAAUGACAUGGCUCUUGCCUCUGCUGCAGCACCCAAGAUGCUUGGAAUCUUCUGGUUUGAUGCACAUUGGAUUGAAUUUAAUGUCUGCCUAGCACAAUUGUAUUUCAUCCACACAUUUUGCAUUAUUGAGUCCGCACUCCUAGUUGCCAUGGCUUUUGACCGCUAUGUAGCUAUUUGCAUCCCACUGCAUCAUACAACUAUCCUGACAACACCAAUGGUCAUUAAAAUGGGUCUAGUUGUUGUAAUCCGAGCAAUAUUUUUGGUUUUGCCUGGUCCUAUUCUCAUUUACAAGCUACCAUAUUAUACCAAAUACAUCAUCAAUCAUGCCUACUGUGAGCAUAUGGCUGUGGUGAAGUUGGCCAGUGCCAACACCUUCAUUAACAGGGUUUAUGGAAUCUCUGUGGCUCUUUCAGUGAUGAUAUUGGACCUAGGACUCAUAGCCACAUCCUACAUCAAAAUCCUCCAGGCUGUCUUCCGGCUCUCUUCUCAGAAUGCCCGCUCUAAGGCACUGAGCACCUGUGCUGCCCAUGUCUGCACUAUUCUUGUCUCCUACACACCUGCACUGUUUAGCUUCCUAACUCACCGCAUUGGCAAGAAGGUACCUCCAAGCGUCCACAUAAUUUUUGCAAGUUUGUACCUUCUAGUGCCCCCUACGGUCAAUCCCCUGGUGUAUGGUGUCAAGACCAAGCAGAUUCGUGACCGAGUGGUGAGUCUCUUUCUUCCACAUAAGAAAAUUUCUGAAGAGUAA